AUGCGUGUCCAAACCCUUCUCACCGCUGUCGCCGCUUGUGCUUCGUUGGCUUACGCCGCGCCGGUUGCCGUUGAGGCAUACGGCCCUCCUCUCAACCCUCACAUUCCGGCCGUUGAGUCCAAGAGAGAAAACACGGUUGAAGCCUAUGAUACUGUCGAGGCCUACGGUCCUCCCGUCAACCCUCACAUCAUCUCAAAGAAGGACACAGUUGUUGACGCUUACGGUCCUCCUCUGAACCCGCAUAUUCCCGCUGUUGAUACAAAGAGAGACACGGUCGAAGCUUACGGUCCUCCCACGAACCCUCACAUCAUCUCCAAGAAGGAUACGGUUGUUGAUGCAUACGGCCCGCCGACAAACCCGCACAUUAUUUCUAAGGAGUAG